AUGUUGGAAGUGGAUGGAUUUAGAAGAAAUUUUUCCAAUACAGGAUUUGCUCAACCGCCCCAGAUUAUUUAUCCAGGAGCAAACGACACGGCAGUAUACUCAGUUCCCCCUCAUCCAUUUCUUCCUCCUCUCAACCAAGCACAGCCGUGGUUACAGGAUCGCGAGUCGGAGAAGUCAUCAAAGUCACCUGACACAGGCAGCCAAUCAGCGGACGAAGAUGAAGAUGAUGAGUAUCGCCCAUUCACCCCUCCCCCACCGCGUGAGCGCUUGAGCUACACCCGUUACCAACUAGAGCUACUAAACGCCAUCUACAAUCACGUGAGGUAUCCCAACAGCACCCAAAAACAGCUGAUCGCCAAACGUGUUGGAAUUACUAGAGAGCAAGUGAAGAUAUGGUUUCAAAACAGAAGACGGAAAGACGUCGUAAGUAAGCAUGAAGAAAAACCAAAGCCUGAGGACUCCGAAAGUCCAGACAGCAAAAGCGACGAGUGUCACAACAGUAACGACAGCGACAAGACCGUUAAUAUCGACAGUGAUUCAGGAGUGAGUGACUCCGGAAGUUGCGCGGACGAACAAGACAAAUCAAUGGUCCCACCAGUUGUGCUCAAGAGUGUAAUAGCGGAACUGAACAGGUUUGAAAAAGAGACUCUUAAGCCGAAAAAGAAAACGAAAAAGAAACACGCAGUUGUGAAAAAGAGAGAACUGAAGUCCAAUCUCACCACUGCUUUGUUACACGGCGGGUUUGACAUUGUCAGUCCCCCGAACCAAGUUGUGCCCUCUGCUCAAGGACAAAGACACAUCAAUAAAUUCUCACAUUGCUCAAAAUCCUCAGCUUUCGAAUCUCCACGCGAUGCAUCAAAACCCGCGCAAAAUAUAUUUGACUUUGGUUCAAUGGGUAGUACCGCCAUGUUACGGAGUCCAACUCGCGCAUACAUGUCGGACACCCUCGGUCUUCCAACCAGUGCCCUGGGAUGCGAUUUACCAGUGUUGUCGGACUUACUGACCGUAAGUACUGACCAAAGAAAGGAACGCGGCAUUCCAAGCAGAAGCCCACAGAGAUCAGCAGAGCGAGAGCGAAGAGGAGAAUUUUCACCAAGCCACUCGCGCUUCCCCACGCCAUAUUCCAAUCCUUUCGGUUACAUCUACCCUUAUCAUUUUUUAGCUGAGCCCGGAUUUAUGCUUUCUUCAUUACGACAUUCGGAACCUUACAGGCAUUAUGGACACUACCCAUCCAUCUUCUGUUCGGAACCUUCAUCUUUUCACCAGAUAAAUCCCACCCAUUUGAGUAACCCAUAUUAUUCUUCAAUAACGCCCACCUCCUCUACUCCAUGGAACAAUCAAACUCUUUCAACACCCGCCUCCAAUGAUUCUUCAUACGAACAGCUAUAGAAAAUGGGAUGGGAAGAAUCAUUGCAAAUUUGAAAUUGUCUGUGAGAUUGUGUUAUUUGUGUCUUGUGCACGACAAUUCAGAGAUAACGUGUGUAUGGAAAUAACAUGUCCUACCUCAAUACAAGAAUUCUCCUAUUUAUUUAAUAAGAUGCAGUGGUGCUACACUAGUUAUGUAAAGAGAACACAUGAACAACAGUGAUUCGUGUUUGACUA